UGAAGGGGGCUGAAGAUAAAUCGCAAGGGAGGUGUGGGUGCAUCAUCGUCCCUAAGCUUUUACAAGUAGCCCAAACAGUUGACUCCUUAUACGACGAAGAUGGUCUCCACAAGCAAGAUCAAAUCCGUCGAUUUCUACAGGAAAAUCCCGAGGGAUUUGACAGAGGCGACUCUCUCUGGAGCUGGUUUGUCCAUUGUAGCAGCUCUCUCUAUGCUCUUUUUAUUUGGAAUGGAGUUAAAUAAUUAUUUGGCUGUCAGCACUACAACGUCCAUCAUUGUUGAUCGGAGCUCUGAUGGAGACUUCCUCCGCAUGGAUUUUAACAUAAGCUUCCCAUCACUUUCAUGUGAAUUUGCAUCUGUGGAUGUCAGUGACGUAUUAGGAACUAAUAGGCUAAAUGUAACCAAGACAAUUCGAAAAUUUUCUAUUGAUUCGAAUUUGAGACCUACUGGUUCUGAGUUUCACUCUGGGGAAGUUUUAUCGCACGUUAAUCACGAUGAAGCAGGUGAAGAAGUAGUUGAAGAUUCUGUAUCCCUUACUAGCCGCAACUUCGACACAUUGUUACAUCAAUAUCCUAUCUCGGUUGUUAAUUUCUAUGCUCCGUGGUGCUAUUGGUGUAAUCUCCUGAAACCAUCAUGGGAGAAAGCAGCAAAACAAAUAAAAGAGAGAUAUGAUCCAGAAAUGGACGGACGUGUCAUUUUGGCAAAAGUUGACUGCACCCAAGAAGCUGAUCUCUGUCGGAAGAAUCACAUUCAAGGGUAUCCAUCCAUUCGCAUUUUCCGUCAAGGCAGUGAUCUUAGGGACAAUGCACACCAUGAUCAUGAAUCGUACUAUGGAGAUCGUGAUACAGAAAGCUUAGUGAAGAUGGUGAUAGGUCUGGUUGAACCAAUCCAUCUAGAGCCUCAUAAACUAGCAUUAGAGGACAAAUCAGAUAAUGCAUCCAAAACUUUAAAAAAGGCACCUUCUACAGGAGGAUGUCGAAUUGAAGGAUACAUACGUGUAAAGAAGGUUCCAGGCAACCUAAUGGUUUCAGCUCGCUCGGGAUCUCAUUCAUUUGAUUCUACUCAGAUGAAUAUGUCCCAUGUUGUUAACCAUCUUUCAUUUGGGCGGAAGAUUUUGCCUCAGACAUUCACUGACUUAAAGCGCUUGUCACCGUAUCUCGGUCAAAGCCACGACCGUUUGAACGGCCGCCCCUUCAUCAAUCAACGUGAUCUCGGCCCUAAUGUUACCAUCGAGCAUUAUCUUCAAAUAGUAAAGACAGAGGUAUUGAAAAGUAAUGGACAUGCAAUGGUCGAGGAGUACGAGUACACAGCACAUAGCAGCGUUGCUCAUAGUUACUAUUUACCAGUCGCUAAGUUUCACUUCGAGCUCUCACCGAUGCAGGUUCUCAUAACCGAAAACUCUAGAUCCUUCUCACAUUUCAUUACCAAUGUAUGCGCCAUUAUCGGUGGUGUCUUCACGGUUGCCGGAAUCUUGGAUUCUAUUCUCCACCAGACGAUGACACUGAUGAAAAAGAUUGAACUCGGUAAAAACUUUUGAAGCUUUGCCUAAGAGUUUCAUUUCGUUUUCUAUGUAAUCUGUCCGAAAUUUUUGUUAAAUGUAUACACACACAACCAGAUGAGGCAUAAGUAUACUUCAAGAUGUUGGGAAAAAUCUUUAUCCAUUUGAAUGUUGUUAUAUUCCAAAAGCCUUGAGACGUU